UUUGCUGGCUCACACACUCAUACGCCUGGCUCAGAGUGGGUGUAUGCCACCGAAGCGGGGCAUGACCCGGGCUUUCUAGUGCACUCCGGUGCAAAGACGAGAGGAAAAGAGGAUUGGAGAGUCGUGGAGGAAGCAUGACGGAGAGAUGCAGUCUGUGGAGCGCUCUGUCGGCAGCCGCCUGCUGCUUCUACAGGGGAUCCUUUAUGCAGUUCUCCAAGGAGAAGUAUCUUCUGGAGUCUCCACCAGAGAAACUGCGGAAGGAGCUGGAGGAGGAGCUCAAACUCAGCAGCAGUGACCUGAGGAGCCAUGGCUGGUACCAUGGCCGCAUCCCAAGAGAGGCAUCAGUGACACUGGUGUUACGGAGUGGGGAUUUCCUGGUGCGGGACUCCAUGGCCAAUGUAGGAGACUACGUGGUCACCUGUCGCUGGCAGCAGGAAGUGGUGCACAGCCGCAUCAGUAAGGUCCUGGUGAAGAGUGCACAGACGCAGGUCCAGUUCCUCCUGGAAAACGAGACCUUUGACUCGCUGCCCACUUUAAUCCGGCACCAUGCUGGCACCGGGCGGGCAGUGUGCUCGCGCACCGGUGCCCAACUUCUGUGCCCAGUAAACCGCACUCUACCCAUCAGGUACCUGGAGGCCACGUUCGCCCUGACGAGUAGUAGGUCGGGGUCAUCACAUUCACCCUCUACGCAGCGGGGUGCACACAUCAAGAGACGCAGUGUCACCAUGACGGACGGGCUGACCACGGAGAGGAUCAUUCCACACAGUCCCUCCACAGUUCACCACAAAGACGCCAUGAGGAACUGUGCACUCAGUAUGGACCAGAUCCAGGAGAUGCGAUGUCCGCUUUCCCCUGUGGGGGAAACCCCACUGUCACCUGCCUACAGUGCCAUAUCCCGACAUAGACAUGGCUCAGGUGGGCGUGUCUUGGCAGUCAUUCCUCCCUCACCUGUGAUGCGCCGCUCGAGCGAGCCCCGCCUCUCACCAUCCUCCUCCAAUAACAAUCUUCCAUGCUCAGACACGGCCCCCGGUGUACACAAUUACCCAUCAGAUGGCUCGGAGGUGAGCGGCAGUUACUGUGAGCUGAGGCCAGGCCAGCCCCCUACUCCGCCCUCUAAGAGCUACGUGGAGAGACUAAGAGGGGAGGAUUGUAAACCGACAGGCUCCACCCCACACGAUGGAGGAGAGAGCUUCUCGUUACCGCUAAUGGAGACCGGCUCCUGCUUCAGGCCCGGCCGAUACAAGUCGACUCUGCUUCCGGCUGAGAAUAAGCCUCUGGAGAUGGGCGUGCUAAAGAGGGUGAAGGAGCUGCUGGCGGAGGUCGACCCCAAAACGGCGGCCAAACACAUCACCAAAGCUGACUGCAUGGUUGCUAGGAUACUGGGCGUUUCCAAGGAGAUGCAGAGGAUGAUGGGAGUGGGUUCGGGCCUGGAGUUGUUGACUCUACCACAUGGCCAUCAGCUGAGACUGGAUCUACUCGAGAGGUUCUACACCAUGUCCAUAAUGAUGGCGGUGGACCUACUGGGUUGUACAGGCAGUACAGAGGAGAGAGCUGCCCUGCUCUAUAAAACCAUCCAGCUGGCGGCUGAGCUGAAAAGCUCCAUGGGAAACAUGUUUGGCUUUGCUGCUAUUAUGAGAGCGCUCGAACUUCCGCAGAUCUCACGGUUGGAGCAGACGUGGAUGACACUGAGACAGAGACACACAGAGGGAGCCAUCUUGUAUGAGAAGAAGCUCAAACCAUUUAUGAAUGCCUUAAAUGAAGGCAAGGAGAGGUCUGUGCUGUCAGGUACAUGUUUUCCCCAUGUGGUGCCUGUGCUGUCUCUACUGGAGAAGGGUGUGGCAGUAGGGGAGGGUCCAGAACCCGGGGAUGCAUCGGAAUGUGGAGUAGACGUGGUCAUGAACCACCUAGAAGCAGCACGCAGCAUUGCACAUCACGCAAGCCUGUACCGCACCAACACUGAGAGCAAGCUACAAGACUUCCAGGAGAAAGACGAGGUGUCGGAGAUCUUCUGCACCGAGUUUCAGAUGAGACUUCUGUGGGGAAGCCGAGGCUCGGAGGGGAGUCAGAGCGAACGCUACGAGAAGUUUGACAAAGUCCUCACAGCCCUCUCACAGAAACUAGAACCUUCUGUACGCCACAGCGAGUUAUAACGCUCCUGCAUGACACACGUGGUACGAUCUGUCAUUUCAGUGACUGCUUCCACCUGGGUGAAACCAAUUAUAAGGACAGAGGGGAGCAGAGGGAGAGGAGUGUGAGGGAAAAACUCCUUUGUAACAGCAACAAAGCAAAUUUUUCAGGCAUGUCGGUGCUCCUCACUGGACACAGCAGAAAACUACAACAGCGGCGGAGCAGAAAAGCCUGAAGCCUAACACUUUUUUGGAUAUAUUGGAUGCUUGGGGCUUCAUCAGUCAUCAAAAAAUAAACCUUCAUGUCAAAACAGGUCUGCAAGAAUGUCACACCGUCAUGAUUCAGUCAGAAUCUCAGAGACGUUACAGUCACUUAUUUAUCAAAUGUUGUAUGUUGCCAAAUCUCAGUAACCCAAACAGACUUGCCAGGCACUUUUAUUAAAAAGUCACUUUUAUUUGUUUCAUCAUUAUUAUUAAGUAAGUAUUUGAUUUUAAUGAGCAAUACGCAGCAAGAUGACAAACUGAUAAAUAGGUGGAAUAA